GCGGCGGCUGCUGCAGAGCGGCCAGGAGGAGGGUGGAUCUCUGGAGAGCGGAGCGCCCCUAGUCCUCCUCCUCCUCCUGCCGCCCAGGCUCCGCCGCCGCCCGUCGGACUCGUCCUUCUGCCUCUCGCGGCGGGGAACCUCCCAGACGACCAGGGCUGAGCUCUCUCCGGCUGAAGCCAGCUCAGCCGCGGCUUCCGGAGCCCGCGGGGCGGCAGACCGGCUUGCGGUGCAGAUUCUUCUUAAGCCUUUGCUGAAAACUCUUUGACACAAGAUGGCUGCAAAUAAGCCCAAGGGUCAGAAUUCUUUGGCCUUACACAAAGUCAUCAUGGUGGGCAGUGGUGGUGUGGGCAAGUCCGCUCUGACUCUACAGUUCAUGUAUGAUGAGUUUGUAGAGGACUACGAGCCUACCAAAGCGGACAGCUAUCGGAAGAAGGUCGUGCUGGAUGGGGAGGAAGUGCAGAUCGAUAUCUUGGAUACAGCUGGGCAGGAGGAUUACGCUGCAAUUAGAGACAACUACUUUCGGAGCGGGGAGGGUUUCCUCUGUGUCUUCUCGAUUACAGAAAUGGAAUCCUUUGCAGCCACAGCCGACUUCAGGGAGCAGAUCUUAAGAGUAAAAGAAGAUGAGAAUGUUCCAUUUCUGCUGGUUGGUAACAAAUCAGAUUUAGAAGAUAAAAGGCAGGUUUCUGUAGAAGAGGCGAAAACCAGAGCCGACCAGUGGAAUGUCAACUAUGUGGAAACAUCUGCUAAAACUCGAGCUAAUGUUGACAAGGUAUUUUUUGACUUAAUGAGGGAAAUUCGAGCCAGAAAAAUGGAAGACAGCAAAGAAAAGAAUGGAAAAAAGAAGAGGAAAAGUUUAGCCAAGAGAAUCAGAGAAAGAUGCUGCAUUUUAUAAUCGAAGUCCAAACUCCUUUCUUAUCUUGACCAUACUAAUAAAUAUAAUUUAUAAGCAUUGCCAUUGAAGGCUCAAUUGACUGAAAUUACUUUAACGAUUUGGAAAUUGUUAUGUAUCACUAAAAGCAUGAAUUGGAACUGCACUGAGAGUCAAAUUCACUUAAAAAAGAAAUUAAUGUGGCUUCACCAAGAAGCAGAGUUCAACUUCUCUCAUAAUUGCCUACAUUUAUCGCGGUCCUGAAUGUAGCGUAUGGGCUUGUGUGUCGCGGGCAGUCUUUCUGGAACUGUUAGAGCCGAGACGGGGUGGGAGGGAUGAGAGGAAAGGCUACUUCCUCUGGUUUAUUACAAAGCUUAAAUUUUAUAUCAUUUUAAAAUGUCUUGGUCUUCUACUGCCUUGAAAAAUGACAAUUGUGAACAUGGUAGUUAAACUGUACCACUUUUUUUUAACCAUUGUUAUGCAAAAUAUAGAAGAAAAGUUAUUGGCAUGAUUGUUGCAUAUAGUUAAAUUGAGAGUAAUUCAUCUGUGAACCUGCAUUAAUUACCUGGUGAUUAACGUAGAAAAGUGAUGUAAACUUGUACAUGGAAAUUUUUGAAUAUGCCUUAAUUUAGAAACUGAAAAGUACCCGGUUGUGUCAUUCUGGAUGUGUCCCCGCUGGUGCCGUGGGCCCAUUGCCCCACGUGUCCUGGUGAGAGUAUUUGCCUGGUAUGGAGUACAACUUUUGUAUAGACGAUUCUUGCAAAAUAACUGUCUGCUAGGAGUCUGUCCAAACUUAAAAUGUGUGCCAUACUCUGGUUCUCGAAAGUAAGGGUCCAGAGCUCCUUGAUCGCUUUUCAUUAACCGUAAGGUAGUUUGACAUGAAGGGCCAGCCCAUACUUGUAAGAUAAUUGUAGACUGUGGGGAUUCAGUACAGUUGUUUCGGUGAACCCUCGGUCCCUGGAACUCCCUUUUUACAAGUGGUGAGCGUGUGUUAAAUUGUUGGUCUCUCGGGAGCAGGGCACAGGAAAGGUGUCGUUAAUGCUAAUGCAUUUUGCACUAGAACAUUCGGGAAGGUGUGCGUGUUUGCGGCCGGUUCAUUUCUACAUUUGCACUUAGGAGGUGACAGUUUGGCUGCAGGAGAGUUACCCGGAGUCCCUGUAGUCCGUGUUCAUAAUGGAGAACACCGGAGCCACGCUUUCCUAACGCUAACAUCACGCAGUGAACCCCGAGUAUGGUGCAGAAGGCAUGUUUGGCAUCUGCAGACCGAACACCAGCCUGUGUCGCCCUGGCGUGCCGUGCCCACUGGAGGAAUUCUAGCAUGCUGUUUGGGAACAUAAUUUCAAUGGGAAAUAUACCACUGUCCAGAUUUUUGUUAUCUUCUUCAGAAUGGGGCUAAGACGGCUAAUUCAAUAAACUUUGUCUUUCUUUUUGCUCAGUCCUGAUUUCAACAAGUGAAAAAUGCAUUCAGGCGUUCCAGGUAACAGGUGUGUAUGUGAAGUUAACAAAAAUAGGCUUUUUAGGAACUCAGCUCUUUAGAUAUUACAUCUGACUUGUCAUGUUAAAUAUUUGUCCUUAAAGGGUUUGAGAUGUACAUCUUCCGUUUCGUAUUUUUCAUAGGCUAUGCCGUGUGCAGAAUUCAAGUUACCAAUGUAACCCUGGCCCCGCGGGCCCGGCGGUCUCCGUGUGUACUCAUCACAGUCUUAUUUAACCAGGGGUCCUAACCACUAACAUUGUGACUUUGCUUUGAGACCUUUCCUCUCCUGGGUACUGAGGUGCUAUGAAGCCAACUGACAAAGACGCAUCACAUGUCUUAGGCUGAUGCCACUACCCGAUUGGUUUAUUUGCAAUUUGAGCCAUUUAAAGACCAAUAAACUUCCUUUUUUUAAA